CAAACACAAGCAAGACAGACAGGCAGUCAAAAUAGCGAUUUUACUAAAACCACGGCAAAGGUUCAGGCUUUACUUUCGAAUCGCAAAGUAAAAAAUAUAAUUGUUUUGGCCAUAUGUGGACUACCCAAUAGUGUGCACACACACAUCGAAACUAGCCUAUCAUGUGAAAACAUGUUCAAGUGAGCUUUGCACGCAUCCUCUCCGGGCUUGGCGUUAUCUCUUAAUGGGGCUCCUGGGUGUGUUGGUCCUCUCCCCUUUGUCAUUUUGCUCUCAGCUCACCCCUAAGAGGCCGCUCGGCUUGCCAAAUGGGAUUCUAUUCAAAUGAGCUAGAUCGUUGCUGUAGCUACUGUUCGUCACAGUCCUCACAUACACACAGAGCUGAGUGUCUCUCGCGUGGUAACGUCUCUCCCAGGCUUGAGUUCUCUCUUCCUUUCCAGUCAUCUCAGACUCUGGCUUUGUAUGUUUACCAACCACACAUGACCAUAUGAGGAGCAGCAUAGAGAAUUUGAAUGGAACAACAGUAUGUGUCCAGCAGGUUUGCUGUGUGAGCUGCUGCCUGUCCUGACGUGGUGGUGGAGGAGGAAGUUGUCGUGCCAGUGACCAGUGAGGCCCACUAGAGGGACCAUGUUUUAGAGGCUCCUCCCUCUCCACUAGCACCUGGAGGUCCGGCUUUGACCCUGUACAAUGAACAACGAUGAUGAAUUUUACGACGCCGUAACAGGCUUGGACUCUGAUGAGUCGUAUGAAGGCACGUCGGAGGCCAGUUUUAAAGAUGCUGUGGUGUAUGACGGCACCCAGAGGAACAAUGGCUCCAUGUCACAGGAGAACGGAAUCAGCAAGCGCAGGUCAACGCUACCUGCCCCAAUGUUCUCCAGAAACAACUUUAGUGUGUGGGGCAUUCUGAAGAAAUGCAUUGGACUGGAGCUGUCCAAGAUCACCAUGCCCAUCGUAUUCAACGAGCCUCUGAGCUUCCUCCAGCGGAUCACCGAGUACAUGGAGCACACAUACCUAAUCAACAAAGCCUGCUCGCUGUCCGACUCCAUAGAGCGCAUGCAGGCGGUAGCUGCUUUUGCCGUAUCGGCCGUGGCGUCGCAGUGGGACAGGACUGGAAAGCCCUUCAACCCUCUGCUAGGAGAGACCUAUGAACUAACGCGAGAGGACCAGGGCUACAGGCUGAUCUCAGAGCAGGUAAGCCACCACCCGCCCGUCAGUGCCUUCCACGCUGAGAGCCUGGUCGGGGACUUUGUCUUCCACGGCUCCAUCUACCCCAAACUCAAGUUCUGGGGCAAGAGUGUGGAGGCCGAGCCCAAGGGAACCAUCACACUAGAACUCCUCAAGCACGGCGAGGUCUAUACGUGGACCAACCCUUUCUGCUGUGUACACAAUGUCAUCCUGGGCAAACUGUGGAUCGAGCAGUACGGCACUGUGGAGAUCCUGAACCACAGUACUGGAGAUAAGUGUGUGCUGAACUUCAAGCCGUGUGGCAUGUUUUGGAAGGAGCUGCACAGAGUGGAGGGCUACAUUCAGGAUAAGAGUAAAAAUAAGCUUUGUGUGAUCUAUGGGAAGUGGACCGAGUGCAUAUGGAGCGUGGACCCCCAGACGUACGAGUCCAACAAGAAGGCUGAGAAGAAGGGAGACUCUAAGAAACAGAAGAGUCCGGAGGAGCCUGAGGGGGCAGACAACGAUGUUGCAGACAACAUGCCUGAGGUCCAGGAGACAGUAGCUGUGAUCCCUGGCAGUACCCUGCUGUGGAGAAUAUCAUCACGACCCCAACACUCUGCUAAGAUGUAUAACUUCACUAACUUUGCCAUGUCGCUGAAUGAGCUGGAGCCUGGCAUGCAGGCCAACCUGGCCUCCACAGACUGCCGCCUGCGGCCCGACAUUAGAGCCAUGGAGAACGGAGACAUGGAUGAAGCCAGUCGAGAGAAGGAGAGGCUGGAGGAGAAACAGAGGUUGGCGCGGAAAGACCGUUCCAAGGACGAGGAGGAAUGGUCCACUAGAUGGUUCCAGUCAGGCACAAACCCCUAUACGUCAUCCCAGGACUGGCUCUACACAGGGGGCUACUUUGAUAGGAAUUACUCUGACCUUCCUGAUAUCUACUGAUCCAGGGGGGUUCCAUGAACACCCCCCCCCCACCCCCCUAACACCACCCCAAUCCCUUCAGCCUCCCUUCCCCCCCCUGCCAGUCCCCUGGCACCCCUGUUCUAAGCACCACACUGUCUCCCAUUGGAACUCUGAAGCGGCGAUAGCCUCUCCUUGGGUAACACAUGCGUCUGUGUGAGCACAAUCCUCCCCUCCACAGGCUCCUAACAGUGAUGGAAGGGAACAGUCAACAGUGAAAUCAGGGAUGUGAAUGCUCCUUUGACUGAUCAUUGGUUUGAAGGUUCUUUGGGACAUGUUUGUGGCAGCACAGGUGGAAGCAGACAUGAACAGAGACUGUGAGUCUGGAGGAGACUGUUUUGUGAUUGAACAGGAGUGCAUUGUGGGUACCCGCCCUCCUCCCUAUUAGACCUGGGUUGAAUACCUAUUUCAAAUAUUCAAAAUACUUGAGCUUGAUUUAACUUGUUUGGCAUGUGGAGUUUGCACUUUUGGAAUUAUUCCAUUGGUUCCAUUGCGCCUGACAAGCUAAACACAGCACACCUGGAGUAUUCCACCCAGGUCUGGCUGUCCCCUAUAUAUGUCCAGAGGGCGAGCUUCUCAUCACUGUACCUGUCAUGUAAUGUAACCUGUAUGUAUAGAUAAGAAUAAUAAUCAUUUGACCAUAUAGGCCAAUCACAUACAUCGAUCCACAUUGGCCACUGCUCAGUCUGUGAAUACAGCCCCUCAGUCAGGCAGUCAGCUAGUAAUUCCCCCAGCAUAAAUUAUUCCUUUGUUACUCUGCUGCAUGGCUAUUGGUUGGCUAGCUAACAGCGUUAGCGACCCCUAGCUCUGUGGCGGUGGCCUACCGUACGUUCAGCUGUUGUUGUUUACCUAGUCAGUCAAUUUAGAGUGUUCAAGUAAUCAUUAGUAAGAAAAUAACAAUGAGGGUUAAUAAGAUUAUAAGAAGAGUAUAAUGUGUACCAGAGGAGGCUGGUGGGAGGAGCUAUAGGAGGAAGAGCUCAUUGUAAUGUCUGGAAUGGAAUUAAUGGAACGGUAUCAAACACAUCGAACAUAUGGAAAUAACAUAUUGGAUUGAUUCCAUUCCAGACAUUACAAUGAGCCCGUCCUCCUAUAGCUCCUCCCACUAGCCUCCACUAAUGUGUGUGUGUGUGUGGCUCUGCGAGUGUGUAUGAAUGACUGUAGUGAUUUGUACAGAAUCUUAAGCCAUAUGGUUCCUUUUAACUACAGGUAUGGCUGGCAAGGGUGGUUUGCUGUGCAGUCAUUGGCUAUGAAUUGAUAAUUGUUACCUCAAGAACUAAAUAAUAGUUAUCACUAGAGCAUGAUAAAGCAUGUUUCAUGUAAGACAUACAUGUAUGUAAAUACCUACUUUUAUAAAUAUAGCUAGCUAAUCAUCAUAACUGUCCAACCAGCUCAAAGUGAAUUUGGAAUUGAUGGAAUAAUAGCCGAUAUAGAGUAGAAGUGAUUGUAUAAUAUUACCAGCUUCCCUUGUAAGCAUAUUGUUGCCUUCCUCAUGUUAGGAACUCUGUGUAGCUUUAAACCACACACUCUCACAUCACCAAUCUCUUUCACAAUGAUGAGCCAUUAGGUGUAAGUUCUUAUUUAUAAGAGACUGUGGCAUUGAAUCAUUUUUAUACCGAAAUAGUCGCACUCAUACAAUAUACGGUAGGGGUAUAUAUUUAUUAAUGUUCAGUUAAUUGUACUGCGGUAAAUAUUACAUUGAAGCCUUGUAGAUUAGAUCUGCAUGCAUGAAUCAAAGUGUAAACCAAUGUGCUUCUGCUUUGCAGGUCUUUCAAAGCAGCAAACGACUCUAGUAUCUGGCUAGUAAAACAUAAUGUCAUGUUGACCAUUGGGAAUACUCUUCAUGUGAGUCCAAACUGAAUCUUUUGACGUGAUACAAUAUUGAAAUGUAGGGGGAUUCAGUUUGGAUUCCCAUGUUACACUGUGCUUUUGAAACGACAGCCAAAAUCUAUGCAACCAACCAAUAGCUCUUAGUGUCUCUCUACCUUUACAUGUAUAAUAAUACACAUAAAUACUUUAGUUUUGUCAUUGGCAGGCAAACCAACAUUUAGAUUACUGUAUUGGUACCUUAUUUGACUGUAGAUGAGCCCAUCUCAUAAGUGAUUGUGUCCAUUUGGUCUGUGGAUCACCAUGGUAGUCUCUAAGUAAAGAUGAAUUUACAGUUUAGAGCAAUUUGAUCUUGACUGAAUAUUUGUGCCCCUCUCGCCCCAGUUUGCUACUUAUUUUGUUAUUUUUCAUUUAGCCUGACACGUCACAAAAUUACGUCUAUUGCUUUAACAAAUGUCUUAGUUUUUGUGGAAUUUCUGGUGGUUUGAGAAAUGGGCAACAGAAUGUGGCAAAAAGAUAUGGCGAACCAAGAAGCCUUGCAUUAUGUCUUAGCGUUGAUACGUUUUUUUCCCAUGGUUAUACUUAGUGCCUACAUUUAAGUAAGCCGAUUUUCCAAAACCUUUUUUUUUUACCUGCAUUUCAUUUAAUAUUUAAGGUGUUUUUACAUUUAUCAGAUCAGAGUUUGACACAUUUGUUUUUCUAACCCAUCUCUCUAUACAGUACUUUAUUAUUGUCAAUAACACUUUGAAAUGUUUAGGUCAGAAGUGUCCGUUUUCACCGUAUGUACAGGAAAUGUAUGUGAAACUGAUCACUACUUCUGGUUGUAUCCACACACUUCAUCACUGUUUCAUCAAAUGCUAAUUUGUUGACUAGCAACUUAAGACUAAUGUACCAACAUUAAAAAAAGUAGAUUUUAUCUUA